GAAGAAGAUUUUACCAACAUGUAGUAACGUAUUUUUUUAUUUACCUAGUGAUUCGGAGCAAUUCGGAGAGUAACAUUUUUCGAAUAAGUUUAGCUAUGGCCCAACGAAAAAGUUUAAAUAGACGUCCAUCCAGAUAUAGCAGAUUGAGCGUUGGUUCCGCGAUUCUGGAUCCUAAUACGGGCAUUUUAGACGAGGAGUAUCCGUAUUGGUGGCAAGGUUUAGAUAAUACAACAGUGCGACCAUCUAUGGGUUCCGAUACUUUGAAUCAAACGGGUCGUUAUUUGUAUUCUGAUUCAAGCAUAGAACCCAACACAGUCGAAGAUAGAUGGUGGGACAUUCUGGAAUCAUUAAAUAAUUCCAAGACCCCUAUGGCUACUAAGGAUUAUUCUAAAGAAGGUAGAACUGAUACAGCAUCAACAUCAGAGUCCGAAGGGGAACCUAGAAUUGUGAAAAGAAAAUGUACGUUACAGUCAAAGGCAAUGAAUUCUCGAGAUAACGCAUUUUCAGACGUUUUGAAUAAUUUUGAAACUGCAAUUUUGCCAGAACCCAGGCAAGAAUCUAUGAGAGACAGCUCUAUACAUAGUUCGGUGUCAGUGGAAAAGACUCUUAGUAAUGCUGAACAAUUAAAUAACUCCCAAGGAAGUAGUCGGAAUCAUAGUUUAACCACAAGCAUUGUAAAAGUGAGGCCUAGAAUUUUUGGUAAAAAAUACAAGGAUCAGAAUACAAAUGUAUUUGAUGACAUUUUAAACACAGAUGAGUUAGAAAGUCCAUUGAAGAAACAGUCUUUGAGAAUAUCUUUGACUAAAGAGUUGCUAACUUCAACAAAUGAUAAUCCGCCUGCUACAGCUUCAACCCUCGUUGUUAAUAGCACACAGCACAAUCAUCGUACUGUAUCUCCUGAAAAUAAAAAUUAUUGUUCUGCAUCAAGUUCGCAAUCCACAGUAGUAAACAAUAAUUUCGCGUAUACGCGCGAUAACAAUAAGGACAGUACUGCCAGCGAUGCGGAAACUACUGUAUUAAAACCAAAAUCAAAGUUUCUAAACCGACAUAAUAAAAUUGUAAAUGAAAAUGAAACAGAUGAGUCAACGAGGAAGAGUAUUGCAGCAGAGACAAAAACUUUCAAGAGACCUUCGGCAUCAGCAGCGGAUAAUCCAGUCGAAUUCUUGCAACCUGUAUCAAGAAAUAUAACUUCCGUUGACUCCAGUGAUUCCUCGAAUACAAGCCAACGUGACGAUCCACCAAAAAAGAAAUCAGUAUUUUUGAAUAGAUUACGCGAAAAUCGAAAACGUAAUCUAUUUCUAGAUAUUCUCCAGGAAAGUGAUGACAGUAUUAUACACGAGACAUCGAGAUCAAAAGCUUCCGUUAAUCAUUCAAGGGAAAGAAAUUUGGUAAAUGAGAACUCCAAAGAGAUAAGAGAGCGCCAAUUAGUCAGCGAUGAGAGCAGCAGAAACAGUAUGGAAAAUGUACUACUAAAAUACUCAGGGCCAUUGAAUGUAGAUAAUAAUGAUACUAUAAACUCUAGUAAUAAAAUAAAUUCAAACGUAUCGAAAAUGCUUGCUCCAGAAACUGCAACUACUUCUCGCAGCGGUAACAGUGAAGAGGAGCAAUCGAUUGACUCCGCUGUUAGUCUUAUUGAACAGUCCAAAGAGAAACAUACAAGUCAGAAUAAUACAAAUGCUAACAGUGGAAUCCAUUGUAACGAGAGCUCAAUUCGGAAAUCAGUUUCACAAAAUGAAAAAGAAUAUGUACCAGAAGUCGAUAAAAGCAUAACAGAUAACACGCGUACACGAUCACCUGCUAAAAUUCCAAAUGAUUCGAGUCAGGAUGAUGAGUACAUUACGAAAACACAAUCUGGAACUUGGACUAGAUUAGAGAAUCAAAAACAACGUGGUACGACCGACUUGGAAUCAGAAAAAGAUGAAUCCACGUUAAAGAAACGUAGCAAACAUUUCGCUAGUUUGCAAAAUAAAUCGGCCUCGCCUACCACAGAUGAGAAUCAACAAGGUCAAGUUCAAAAUGUUUCGGGAAGAGAAAGCGAAGGUUUAGAUAGAUCGCAAAAGCGGUCCACUUCGGCUAUACCAAAUGAAGAGGCACUAGAUAAAAAUGAUAUUACUAAAAGGCAAAGCAGGAAUAUAAGUAAAUCGCAAAAUUUGUCGUCACGUUUUGUGACCAGCUCUGAUGAGGAAGAAAUUGAUGUUCCAAAAAGGCAAAGCAAGAGUUUAGGCAGAUCGCAAAAGAUAAGCUGGAAUCCAAAUAUAUUAAAAAAAUUGUCAGUUUCUAUUACAAAACUACAAGACACACGUUUACAUAGUUCAGAAAGACAGUCAGGUUUAAAUAGAGUGUCAGAGUUUGAAGCAUUAGGCAAUCAAACUUCUUCAAAGAAACCUACUAGAAAGUCGCGCAGAAUCCAGAAGUUACUGAGUUCUUCUACAGAGAACGAGGUAACAGUGGAGCGACAUGAGGAUACGACGACUAUGCAAAACAGGCAGAGCGAUUCUGAGGCAGAAAUUCACACUCCUUCAAAGAGGCAAAGGAAGAAGUUAAGUAAAUCACAAAAACAGUCAGCAUUAGGUAUUGCAGGAGAGGUAGAAGCAGAGCAAUCCAAGGAUACGACGAACAUGCAGAGUAGGAAGAGUGGUUUGGAACCAGACAUUCAAACUCCUUCGAAGAGGCAAAGCAAGAGAUUCAGUAGAUCACAAAAACAGUCAGCGUUAGAUAUUGCAGAAGAGGUAGAAGCAGAGCAAUCCAAGGAUACGACAAUGCAAAGCAGGGAGAGUGAUUCCGAGACAGAAGUUGAAACUCCUUCAAAGAGACAAAGCAAGAGAUUCAGUAGAUCACACAAACUAUCAGCAUUAGAUAUUGCAACAGAGGAUGUAUCAGAGCAAGAUAGAGAUACUGCGAGCGAGCUUAGGAAAGAAUCAACUGUAGUGGAUGCAGGCGAAUCAAAUAAAAACAAAUCGCAGGAUAAUGCUAAUGUUAGGUAUAAAACGUUAAAUAAUUUAAGUAAGACACUGAAACAAGUUAACACGACGGCCAAAUCGACGAAGCGACUCACUUUUAAUUUAAAUAAUCCUAACGAUAAAGAGGAUGCGAGUGCCUCAAACGCAACUAUGAACAUUGAACGUAACAGUACUCAGCCUUGUAACAUAGGGCUUACAAAUGUGUUACAAAAUACUAAUAAAGAUGCGCAAACAGUUGGUAGGAGAUCUAUUGGAAAUGUUUCGCGUAGCUCUCGUCCAAAUGUUUCAGAGAAUCGUAAAACCCCGAAUAAAGCCACAGGUUCGGUAGCACCUUCGAAAAUGCUCAUCAACCGAAUUCCUACAUCUUCGACCAGCCAAAGGAACAUCAAGGACUUUUUCCAAGUAGAGAAAUCUCUACCAGCGUCUCAAGUUUUCGCUGAUAAACAGAAGCUGGAAGAAGUGAAGAUGAAGAUGGAGAUACUGAAGGAACGCGUACUGGCUGCAAUGAAACCAAUCCAGAAGAAUCCUGAACCAAGAGUUCUGUCUCAAAGAUUAAAGCCGAACAAUGUUGCCAAAGCGAAGAAAUCAACGCAAACGAAGGAGAUCAACAAAGCUUUUUUGGUGAACGGAAAAGUAUACAAAGUUCCACGUCUCGCUCGUCCAAAACCGUGGAUCACGAAUCGCCUUUACAAAUUUUUAUGGAAAAAAAUGAAUUCGAAGUACGGCCCAAACACGCGAGUGGUUUCUGAGAAAUUCGUUCGUCAAUUGUCGGAGAUAACAACGUUGAUCGAAAAACGUAAACUAUACUCGAAGUAUGAGUCCGAGUUGUUAGCAUUGAUGAAGGAAAUGGCGCGGUUAAAUAUCAUCGAGACCAGGCUCGACUUUUACCACUUUUGCCAAGAUUUUUUACCGUAUGAGCUUCGCUUCAAAAUGGUUCCGAUGUUAUUGCCAGGAAACAAGAGAAAUAUUCCUUACGAUCCCGACAAAGUGUAUGAACCACUCCUUCGGGAUUAGAAUAAUAAUAAUAAUAUAGAUGGUAUAAAAUUGUAUAGGUUAAAUAUUUAUAUUAUUGCCGGUUACAACAGUAAUAAAUUAUUUUUGUACUUUUACAGUUGAUAAAAACGAAAUGUGAUUAAAUGUAGUUCAUAUAGCAACUUGCGAAUUGCUAUAAUAUUUGCAAAUAAUUGCACAGAUAGAACUUAGAAGUAUUUAUGUAAUAUAAGGCAUUAAAAUUUUGUAUACUGUUGUUAUUAUAGUGUAUGUUUCAAUAUUCGCUACGAAAGUAUUGUAAUUUGUUCUUUAACAAGUAUCGAGAUCACAAUUUUGUAAUUUUCUAGUUUAACUAGUACUACAAAUUUGAGCGUUCUGCCACCGAUGGCAACACUAGUACUAAAAACAGUGAAAUAUAAAAUGUUUUUGAAAAUAAUACAUUGGCAUAAUCACGGA